AACGAUUGUCACUUUUCUUGUUCGAUGUGAAAAGCAAUAAGUGAAUGACAUAGCUAUCUCAAACCCACCCACCAAAACAUUAAAAAACCUACAAGCCACGCAAGGCACUCUACAAGCAGAGCCAGACGCAAGAGAGCAGCAGCUACAAGUUUCGCAAACUGCACAGUGAGAGAGCGCUGAAAUAGCGAAAUAGAAAUAGAUAAAUAUGGUCAAGCUGUUUGCAUUGAGCGUCUUCUUCAAAGGUGCCAGCGAAGCGCGUAUACUGAAGACAGCAUCCGACUUGCAGUCCUUCUCGUUUUUCCAACGUAGCACCGUCAAUGAGUUUAUGACCUUCGCAUCGAAAACGAUUGUGGAACGCACACAGCCAGCGCUUAGGCAAUCUGUUAAGCAGGAUGCCUACAUGUGUCACGUCUAUGUUCGGGCCGAUAAUCUGGCGGGAGUGCUCAUUGCCGAUCAUGAGUAUCCGCACCGAGUUGCUCACACACUUAUUACAAAGAUACUCGACGACUUCACGGCGAAAGUGUCCGCCGACCAGUGGCCCAACGGUACGGAGGCCACCAUAGCCUUUGACCUACUGCCAGCAUUUUUGUCGAAAUAUCAGAACCCCGUAGAGGCCGAUCCGCUCACGAAAAUGCAGAAUGACUUGGACGAGACAACGAUAAUAUUGAAGAACACAAUUGAGGCUGUGCUGGAGCGGGGCGAGAAGCUGGAUGACAUGGUCAACAAAUCGGAAAAGUUGUCCAUACAGAGCAAGGCCUUCUAUAAGACAGCGAAAAAGACAAAUUCGUGCUGCAGCUUCACCUAAGCUCCCCACAAAAUCUCAUUCCCCCUCGGACUAGCACAGAAUCAGGAACACCAAGAAAAAAGGAUCACUUAAAAGAGAACACCAGCAAAAACAACCAAUUAAAUAUAUUACUGAAAGUGGAGGAGUUUGUAUGGUUUUUAUAAAAUAAUUAGUUAAUUUGAUAUAUAUAUAUAUGUGUAUGAGUGUACUACCUGCUACUAUAUACUAUAUACUAUAUGAAUACGAAAUCGGCCUGGCAGCCAUGGUCCCCCACUACCGCCCCCUUCCCCUUCCCCACUCUAAUAAACAUAUGUAUGUACGUAUAAUCGUAUGCCAACUUUGGCAUCCAUUGUCUUGGUAUUGUCUGUAUGUGUAUGUGUAUGUCUACAUAUGUUUAUGCUAUGAAUAUACAAAUUCUAUGAUGUUAA